GGAAGCUGAAUUGCUGCGUUAGAGUUUGCACAGUAGGAGAGAGUGUGUGUGUGUGUGAGGGGAAAGGGAAGAGAAGAGAGAAGAGAGAGCGUUUCGAUUAGUUUUACGAUCUUGAGAAAAAUAGCAUCUCCUUCUCCGUUCAUUUGGCCGGAGAUCCGCCGUCCGAAUCGGUAUCCCGCGUUCGCGACUUCCCUUUGAUGAACGAUCCUCCCGAUCGAUUCGAGUGGGGAGCUGAUCUCUCACAAUCGUGAUCUCUUUGUACAAUGGGGCGUCGGAGAAUAAGAUCAAGGAUACGGAAAAGCCAUUUCUACACGUUUAAAUGCCUAAGACCAAAAACUCUCGAAGGUCAAGGUCCUCACAUCAUUAACGGACCUGGAUACACCAGAAUCGUUCACUGCAACCAGCCUCAGAUGCACUUGGCUAAAGUCCUUAGGUACACCUCCAACUACGUCUCCACCACUAGGUACAACCUCAUCACUUUCCUACCUAAAUGCUUGUACGAGCAGUUCCACCGCGUCGCCAACUUCUACUUCCUAGUAGCCGCCAUCCUCUCCGUGUUCCCUCUCUCCCCGUUCAACAAGUGGAGCAUGAUCGCGCCGUUGAUCUUCGUGGUGGGGCUCAGCAUGGGGAAAGAGGCGUUGGAGGACUGGCGGAGGUUUAUGCAGGACGUGAAAGUGAACUCGAGGAAGGCCACUGUUCAUAGAGGGGAUGGGGAUUUCGGGCGUAGGAAGUGGAAGAAGAUCCGUGUGGGUGAUGUGGUGAAGGUGGAGAAAGAUCAGUUCUUUCCGGCUGAUUUGCUCUUGUUGUCGUCGAGUUACGAGGAUGGGAUCUGUUAUGUGGAGACGAUGAACUUGGAUGGGGAGACGAACUUGAAAGUCAAGAGGUGUUUGGAUGUUACACUGCCUUUGGAACGGGAUGAUGCUUUUCAGAGUUUCACCGGGACUAUCAAAUGUGAAGAUCCUAAUCCAAACUUGUAUACGUUUGUUGGGAAUCUUGAGUAUGACGGUCAGGUUUAUCCGCUUGAUCCUAGCCAGAUUCUGCUGAGAGACUCCAAGCUCAGGAACACGUCUUAUGUCUACGGGGUGGCGAUAUUUACUGGUCAUGACACAAAGGUCAUGCAGAAUUCUACUAAAUCUCCUUCGAAAAGAAGCAGAAUUGAAAAGAGGAUGGAUUACAUCAUAUAUUCUCUGUUUGCCCUCCUUGUGCUCGUCUCCUUUAUCAGCUCACUGGGGUUUGCAGUGAUGACAAAGAUGCAUAUGGGAGAUUGGUGGUACUUACGACCAGACAAGCCUGAGCGCUUAACAAAUCCAAGAAAUCCUUUCCACGCUUGGGUUGUCCAUUUGAUCACUGCUGUCUUGCUGUAUGGGUACUUGAUCCCCAUCUCACUCUAUGUUUCCAUCGAGCUCGUAAAAGUUUUGCAGGCAACUUUCAUAAACCAAGAUUUGCACAUGUAUGAUAGCGAGAGCGGGACUCCAGCUCAAGCACGCACAUCGAAUUUGAAUGAAGAGCUGGGACAAGUUGAUACGAUCCUUUCUGAUAAAACUGGAACUUUGACAUGUAACCAGAUGGACUUUCUGAAAUGCUCCAUCGCGGGCACUUCUUACGGUGUUCGUGCCAGUGAAGUAGAACUAGCUGCUGCAAAGCAGAUGGCGAUGGAUCUAGAAGAGGAGCAGGGUGAAGACUUGACUGACCCUCCAAGGACUAGAGGAAGGAUACAUAGCUAUGCUAAGAUUCCCACCAGGUCACCAUCAGAGAUUGAGUUGGAGACUGUAGUCACUGCUACUGACGAAAGGGAUCAGACGCAUUCCACUGGUGUCAAGGGGUUCAGCUUUGAGGAUAAGCGUCUCAUGGAUGGAAACUGGUUAUAUGAACCCAAUUCAGAUGACAUUUUGAUGUUUAUGCGUAUACUGGCGGUUUGUCACACUGCUAUUCCCGAGGUGGAUGAAGAUACUGGAAAGUGUACUUAUGAAGCAGAGUCUCCUGACGAAGUCGCUUUCCUUGUUGCAGCUGGGGAGUUUGGUUUUGGGUUUAGUAAAAGAACUCAGUCAAGUGUGUUUAUCAAUGAAAGAUUCUCAGGCCAACCAGUUGAAAGAGAAUACAAAGUUUUAAAUGUUUUGGACUUCACUAGCAAAAGAAAAAGAAUGUCUGUCAUCGUCCGUGAUGAGGAAGGGCAGAUAUUUCUACUCUGUAAAGGUGCUGACAGCAUAAUCUUUGACCGGUUAUCUAAGAAUGGUAAAACAUACCUGGAAGCCACUUCCAAGCAUUUGAAUGGAUACGGUGAAGCAGGUUUACGAACGUUGGCGCUCAGUUAUAGAAAGCUGGAUGAGAAUGAGUAUUCGGUAUGGAACAGUGAAUUUCACGAAGCCAAAACUUCCGUUGGAGCGGACAGAGAUGAAAUGCUCGAAAAAGUAUCUGAUACGAUGGAGAAGGAUUUGAUUCUUGUGGGUGCUACUGCGGUGGAAGACAAACUGCAGAAAGGGGUUCCACAAUGCAUAGAUAAACUUGCCCAAGCUGGUCUGAAGAUAUGGGUUUUGACAGGAGAUAAGAUGGAGACAGCAAUUAACAUAGGAUAUGCCUGCAGUUUACUGCGACAGGGUAUGAAGCAGAUAUCCAUAGCACUUAAAAAUGAGGAGGGAUCAUCCCAAGACCCCGAAGCUGUAUAUGCUGCGAGACAGAGCAUUUUGAUGCAGAUUUUAAAUGCUUCACAGAUGAUCAAACUAGAGAAAGACCCACAUGCGGCGUUUGCUUUGAUCAUUGAUGGGAAGACGCUUACAUAUGCUUUGGAAGAUGGUCUUAAGUAUCAGUUCCUUGCACUGGCAGUUGACUGUGCUUCAGUGAUAUGCUGUCGUGUCUCUCCAAAGCAGAAAGCACUUGUAACGAGGCUAGCAAAAGAAGGAACAGGAAAAACAACUUUGGCAAUUGGUGAUGGUGCGAAUGAUGUUGGAAUGAUUCAAGAAGCCGAUAUAGGUAUAGGAAUCAGUGGCGUGGAAGGCAUGCAGGCGGUGAUGGCGAGCGACUUCUCCAUAGCUCAGUUCCGGUUUCUAGAGAGACUACUUGUUGUCCACGGGCACUGGUGCUAUAAAAGAAUAGCCCAGAUGAUCUGUUACUUCUUCUACAAGAACAUAACAUUUGGUCUAACUCUAUUCUACUUCGAAGCUUUCACGGGGUUUUCUGGUCAAGCCAUAUACAAUGACUCCUAUUUGUUGCUGUUCAAUGUUAUACUCACUUCUCUCCCGGUCAUCUCCCUUGGAGUUUUUGAGCAAGACGUGUCUUCAGAAGUUUGCUUGCAGUUCCCUGCAUUGUACCAGCAAGGCCCCAAGAACCUGUUCUUCGACUGGUACAGAAUCCUCGGGUGGAUGGGAAAUGGAGUCUACGCAUCCGUAGUAAUCUUCGCCCUCAACCUUGGCAUCUUCCAUGUCCAAUCUUUCUGUUCCAAUGGCCAAACAGCAGAUAUGAACACAAUGGGAACCGCAAUGUUCACUUGUAUUAUCUGGGCAGUGAAUGUACAGAUCGCUUUAACCAUGAGCCACUUCACUUGGAUCCAACACGCCUUGAUCUGGGGAAGUAUCUUCACCUGGUACAUCUUCCUUGCCCUGUUCGGCAUGUUACCUCCGAAAAUAUCAGGCAACAUCUUCCACAUGCUCCUCGAAGCUCUAGCACCUGCACCAAUCUUCUGGCUCACCACACUCCUGGUCAUAGCCGCCACAACACUUCCUUACUUGGCUCACAUCUCGUUCCAGAGAUCGGUAAACCCUCUGGACCACCACAUCAUCCAAGAGAUCAAGCAUUUCAGAAUCGACGUCCAGGACGAGCGUAUGUGGACAAGAGAGAGAUCCAAGGCUAGACAGAAGACCAAGAUUGGAUUCACAGCUCGUGUUGAUGCCAAGAUCCGCCAGCUGAGAGGGAAGCUCCAGAGGAAACACUCUAUUCUGAGUGUUAUGAGCGGUAUGAGUGGUACGAGCGCGGCCUCAGCAUCAAGUGAGACGACAACGUCCACCACACAUCAUAGUUGAUCCAGUAUAUAAAAAACAUACACUCAGCAAGAAGAGAUUCAUAUACUUUUAUAGAUUGAGAAAGAAAAAAGAAAGUGAGGGAGAGAAUAUAUAUAUUCAAGAAUCAAGAAAUACCGAUAAUGUGUUUGAACCAUUUGAAGCUUUUUCUAAUGGAUCCUUUCAUCUUCUGUUCAACUGAGUAAACCUUAUAGCCAGCGACUCUUCUCUUCCUCCUCGAUUCCGGAUCGCUGAAACUCCAGCUUCUUGACGCCCCGCGAUCAGCGUUUGGAACGCUUUUGCUUUUCCUUACCUUCACCUGGUAAUCGUUUGUCUGAUCGGCAGCUGGGAGGUUUCCAGACGCGGUGGCUGCUGAUGGUUCCAUUUCUUUGUAAUAGUUAUCCAUAGAGGUGGUGGCUUCGUGAUUUGGGUUUUGGUCUAACGAACUAGAGACUUCCUGGUCUUUUACAAAGUUUAUAGAAGGCGACUUUUACAAAGUUUAUAAGAGGACAUCACCGAAAUGAUUUUUUUCAUUUUCGAAUAAUCAAAUGUGACUUUUCUUGGCAAUCAAUUAACAACUUCAUGCGGA